AUGCCUCCCAACGUCCAUGUAUACCACGAGGCGCCCUCAUCGCUUGAGGACCUCCUAUCGUCUCACAUGCCACGCUCCCUCCCGCUCCUCCGCCGCCUCCAGUUUAGCAAGUACAGGACCGCAUCAUCACCGGCAGAACGCUUCAUACUGGUGGCCGACGACGACAGCUACAAUGCCUUUACAGCGGCGUACAUUGACGUCUCUGGCGGCCCAGACACGCACAUGUGGCUGUACAGUACCUUGGAAGAUGGCGAGGCGUACAUCGACGGUGACGCUCAAAACCACUAUCGCCCGCAGUUUGACCUGCUCGUCCGCGCCAGCAUCGACAUAGCUAAGGAGUAUGGCAAGCCGACAUUCUACCCCGAGGGAGUCCUACUCGGCUCUCUGAACACGCGCGUGCGCAGAGUCAUGGAGAACAUGGGCUGUCUCAGCUCUCGCCUGAGCGGUUACUAUGACAAAUGGCUCUUCAAGGCAGACAAGCUGGGUGGUGCUGAGGGCUUUGUCCUGCCAGAGGGGAUGAAGUGGGAUUCUCCCAACUACUCCGACUGUGUGACUGCUGUCGAGAGGACGGAUGUUCCCAGAACGCCCGACGUGCUUAUGCGUCUUCCUGGUCUCGUCAUCCGUCUUGACGACGGAACACCUAUAUCGUGGGCCUUUAUCGGCUCCGACGGGUCUCUCGUCAGUCUGCACUGCGAGGAGCAGUAUCGUCGUCGCGGGUUGGCCAAGGCCCUGGCGACAAAACUCAUCAAGCAGGGGACUGGCUUCCCUUCGCAGAAUGACGGAUGGUCCUCGGCUGAUGUUGCGAAUGAUAAUCUGGGGAGCCGGGCUAUCUGCAAGGGUCUGAAUGGGACUGUUGACUGGGAGGUUUCAUGGUAUAUUUCCCCUCCCCUCCUAUUAUUUCUUUGUUUUUUCCCCACUUGUUCAUAG